UGCAGCUUGCAGGCAACGUUUGAAAACCUUGACCAGGUCCCUGUGGGUCAAGAAAUAAAAUCGGUGAUGACAAGGGCAUACCCGAAGACUAGAUGCGACCCUUUCUUAAUGAACAAUGAUAUGUACAGGCAUAUAAUUUAUGUUGUUAGUCAGUACUGCAUUGAGAGAAUACGAGAACAAGUUGAGCUGUUCAACAAGGAAGCCAGUGAAAAGAAAUACAGUGCCUGUACACAUAUAUUUCAAGCAACGAUGAAAAUCCCAUGUCGACACAAGAUGUUCCAUGCAGAAUAUGAAUCUCUAAUUGGCAAUGACGACAUGCAAUGUAUGGUGGUGCGUAAGGAUAUUGCAAUCCAGCUGAAGUGGAUUGAUCGUCGUUGGUUUAUUCAGGACACUGAGCCAGUUUCCAAAGCUGAAGAGUCAGAUCAACUCGAAUCAACAAUUUCUAUUGGAAUGUAUCAGUAUAAAGCAGGCACAGACUGGUAUACUGCUUUAUACAAUUUGGAUAAAGCAUUUGAAGCAAUCCCAUUCGUUUAUAUAAAGAAAGAAAAACUAGACUCAAUAAUCAAAUUAACUGAGUCUAUCAACAAUAUUUCAGAAAUGAAAUUACUGCAACCAAUGGCCAAAAAAUGUGGAUUUCCAAACUCGCAGAAAACCUCAAAGACUGGGAGAAUACUAAUUAAGGAAGACAUCCGUGCAAUAAAAAAGCAAGAAACCCUUAAAAAGGUCAGAACAACGAUAGCUAUGAGAGCUGCAAAGGCCGUCUUGUUA